ACUUGGUUUAUUCUCCUAAGGUAAAGAAAUCCCCAUAUGAGAGUUACUGUUAGCCAGGUAGAUAGCUGCUAGUAACCAGUCUGCUACGUUAGCCUGCUUUUGGAAGAAAGGCUACCAUAAGAUGCUACGUAUGUGAACAGAACAGAAUGAAACAGGGGUAUGCUUGUCAGAAAGUCAUAGCUAGGUUUUUUCCAAGAUGAAGCUUUGAAAGUGUGACAGCUCGGCAUUCGGGAUGUGGUGGGUCGUUUCGUGUAUCGUAGCUAACGUUAACCAACAUCAAGCUUGGCAAUGCUUAACGUUACAACUUAAUGCGCCGGUUGUGGUACUGUAGACAUUAUGGAAAUAUCUUUACUGUGGUGUCUACGGCCAAGUUAGCAAAUUAUUGAUAAGUUGGUGCCGAUGGGAGUCGUUCAGUAUAUGACGGCCAUGGUCAACAGCAAUGGUCAGACUAUUUAAUUUACAGUUACCCCCAUUUACAUCUAGCACGUUAUGCUAUGCUAUUUAUUUAUUUAUUUGUAUUUGUUUUACAAGAUUAGUUUUUGCAAAUGAAUCAGUUUACCUCUAGCCAGCAAUAUGUUGACACUGGACAGUUAAGAAUUGAAGUGAGUCUGGAUGCCAGAGCUAACCAGCGGAGGCAUGGAGCUGGGGCGGCAACUGUGCGGUAAGAUGCGCCGAGGCAAGCGCGCCGAUCCGGCCAUCACAGCGCUGCAGAGAGGUCUGGAGGUCCACUUCUACCUGCCCGACACCCACCAGCUGGAGUACCUCAAAGACUCCUACGUGGCGGAGGACAUCUGUGUGGAGGCAGCCAAGAGAUGCCGAAUCUCUCCUCUGUGUCACAACCUCUUUGCCCUGUACGAGGAGGGCCGUGACCUGUGGUACCCGCCCAAUCACAUCUUCAAGAUCACGGAGGAUGCCUGCAUCAAGUUGCACUAUCGCAUGAGGUUCUACUUCACUAAUUGGCACGGCACGAGCGAGGCGGACUCCCCAGUGUGGCGGCACACACUCAGCAAGCACAAAGGGAGCGCUGGCACUCCGAAGGGCUUGGAGGGCACCCCGCUGCUGGAUGCUGCCUCCCUGGACUACCUGUUCGCCCAGGGCCAGUAUGACUUCCUGAAAGGCCUGGCUCCACUGCGUAGCCCUCAGAGCGAGCUGGAGCUGCACGAGAUUGAGAACGAGUGUCUGGGCAUGGCCGUGCUGGCCAUCACACAUUAUGCCAAGAGCAAAGAUCUGCCCCUGCCCGGCGUUGCCGCGGAGAUCAGCUACAAGCGCUUCAUCCCCGAGGAGCUGAACCGCACCAUCAAACAGCGCAACUUCAUGACGCGCAUGCGCAUCAACAACGUCUUCAAGAACUUCCUCAACGAGUUCAACAGCAAGACCAUCCAGGACAGCAACAUCUCGCUGUACGACCUGAAGGUCAAGUACCUGUCCACGCUUGAGACCCUGACCCGGGGCCUGGGCUGCGAGACGCUGGAUCCCAAGACGCUGCGCCUCUCCGGGGAGAACGAGGCGGCACUGCUCUCGCCCUGCCCCGGAGACGACGGCCAGGGCUACGAGGUGCAGGUGUCUGGAACCACAGGGAUAUCCUGGAGAAAAAAGCCGCUCGGAAUUGUGAACAAUACCAUGAAAGACAAGUACAAGGCCAAGAAGACGAGGGACGCUGCCAAGAAGAACGACAAGAAGAAAGAGGCCGAGAAAGGCUGGACGCUCUUCUCCGACUUCCAUGACAUCACGCACAUUGUUAUCAAAGAGUCUACAGUCACCAUCUACAGACAAGACAACAUGAGAAUGGAGCUUCAGAUGGCGUUCCGUGCGGAGGCCUUAUCGUUUGUGGCGUUGAUUGAUGGCUUCUUCCGUCUGACGGUGGACGCGCAUCACUACCUGUGCACGGAGGUGGCCCCGCCCUCCGUGGUGCAGAACCUGCAGAGCGGCUGCCACGGCCCCAUCUGUACGGAGUAUGCCACACACAAGCUGCGGCAGGAGGGCAACGAGGAGGGGGCGUACGUGCUGCGCUGGAGCUGCACCGACUUCAACUACAUCAUCAUGACUGUGGUCUGCUUAGAGGUGGACUGUCUCGAGUCCAGGCAGGUUCACCUCUAUAAGAACUUCCAGGUGGACGUGGGUCCACAGGGCUACAAGCUGUAUGGGACCGAGACCCUCCACUCGUCCCUCAACGAGCUCCUGGAACACCUGUCCGGACAGAACCUGCGCACGGAGAACCUGCGCUUCCAGCUGAGGAGGUGCUGCCCACCCCAGCCCAGAGAGGCCUCCAAUCUGCUGGUGAUGACCAAAGACAGAGAGCUGGUGCCCCAGAAGCCGCCACAGGUCAGCCAGCUCAGCUUCCACCGGAUCCUCAAAGAGGAGAUUGUCCAGGGGGAGCACCUCGGAACAGGCACCAGGACCCACAUCUAUGCUGGAGUGCUGAAGAUGAAGACUGAGGAUGAGGAAGAGGCUCGGGGCUACUACGUGUCCCCGGAGGUUAAGGUGGUGCUGAAGGUGCUGGGCUCUGGACACAGAGACAUCUCGCUGGCCUUCUUUGAGACGGCGAGUUUGAUGCGGCAGGUGUCCCAUAAGCACAUCACACUUCUGCACGGAGUGUGUGUCCGCCACCAGGAGAAUAUAAUGGUGGAGGAGUUUGUCCAGCUGGGCUCUCUGGAUCAGUUCAUGCGCAGGCAGAACACUCCCCUCAGCACCGCCUGGAAGUUCCAGGUGGCCAAACAGCUUGCCAGCGCUCUCAGCUAUUUGGAAGAUAAGAAGCUGGUGCACGGUUUCGUGUGCACCAAGAACAUCCUGCUGGCGCGAGACGGCGUGGAGAAGGAGGGGGGGCCCUUCAUCAAGCUGAGCGACCCAGGGAUCCCCAUCACCGUGCUCACCAGAGAGGAAUGUGUGGAGAGGAUUCCAUGGAUCGCGCCCGAGUGUGUGGCGGACUCCUCCAGCCUGGGAGUGCCGGCUGAUAAGUGGGGCUUUGGCACGACCCUGUGGGAGAUCUGCUACAACGGCGAGGUGCCCCUCAAAGACAAGAGGCUGACCGAGAAGGAGCGUUUCUACGCCGCCCAGUGUCAGCUGGCCACCCCAGACUGCAAGGAGCUGGCCGAGCUCAUGACGCACUGCAUGACCUACGACCCCCGCAAGCGCCCCUUCUUCAGGGCCAUCGUCAGGGACAUCGACAUGCUGGAGGAGCAGAACCCGUCCAUCUCUCUGCCAGAUCCCUCCACUCUGGAGGUGGACCCCACCAUGUUUGAGAAGAGGUAUCUGAAGAAGGUCAGAGACCUGGGAGAGGGUCACUUUGGCAAGGUGGAGCUGUGUCGCUAUGACCCGCGCGGGGACCGCACCGGAGAGCUGGUGGCGGUGAAGUCCCUGAAGCCGGAGAACAGCGAGGAGCAGAGCAGCAACCUGUGGUGUGAGAUCGGCAUCCUCAAAGAGCUCUACCACGAGAACAUCGUCAAAUACAAGGGCAUCUGCAACGAGGAGGGUGGCAGAUCUAUCAAGCUCAUCAUGGAGUAUCUGCCAAUGGGCAGUCUAAAGGAUUACCUGCCCAGGAACAAAGCCAACACCAGCCUCAAGACGCUGCUCAGCUAUGCAGUGCAGAUCUGUCAGGGCAUGGAUUACCUCGGCGCCCGGAACUACAUCCAUCGGGACCUGGCAGCACGGAAUGUUCUGGUGGAGAAGGAGAGCACGGUGAAGAUCGGAGACUUUGGCCUGACCAAGAGCAUCAAGGACAACGAGGGCUACUACACAGUGAAGGACGACCUAGACAGCCCUGUGUUCUGGUACGCCCCAGAGUGUCUGGUCCAUGGCAAGUUCUACAGGGCCUCUGAUGUCUGGUCGUUUGGAGUCACCAUGUACGAGCUGCUCACAUACUGCGACACUUCACGCAGCCCUAUGACGGUGUUCCUGAAGAUGAUUGGUCCAACCCAUGGUCAGAUGACUGUCACCCGAUUGGUUAAAGUUCUGGAGGAGGGGAGGAGACUGCCCCAGCCUGAGGGUUGCCCUGAUGAGGUCUAUGCCCAGAUGAGGAAGUGCUGGGAGGGCACGCCAGACAAGCGCAUCGACUUCAAAGGCCUGAUCAGUGUCUUCCAGCAGAUGCUCGCCGACAGUCCACACCCAUGAUGACACGCCACUUGCCUUACUGUCAGAGGGAAACAAUGCAAAGAGCUCUCCAAAAGCUGUGGACAUUCAAGACUAUCUCACGCAUUUAAAUACACACACACACACACACACACACACACACACACACACACACAGGCUUGAUGUAGCAGAGGCUCUGUUUGAUCUGUCUGCUUGUGCAAUCACUCUUCCUGGGAGAGAAGUUUUUUUUUUUUUUUUUUUUUUAAUGUAAUGUUCUGAAAAUAUGUGCGAACUGAUAACAAAGAGACUGUGAAUAGACACUGACCCCACACUGGGACAAACACUGCAUGCAGAAUCUUCUGGAACAUCAUCGUCCUCAUUCAAAAUAUGCAAACCACCCUGUCGGGUUCUUGUGAGUCCUUGAUUCGACAGCUGCCGCAUCAGUGUCACACAUGAGGUAGCCUUUGUUUGUUUGUUUUUCUUUUCUUGUUGUUGUUUUUAGCACUUGUGUAUGUUUUUGGAAAUGGUGUUGAAGCUGCCAAGCAGGGCCGCAGGAGUGGGCAUGGUCACAGGAAGAGGGAGAGGAAGAGGAA